AUGUCUUCCUCCCGAUACUCGACGACAACCAGCUCAACCAACCCAUCAAAAUACUCCUAUUCUCCAGCAGCACAGUCUAGCUAUUCCUCUUCCCGCCCAGGUCAACGCCCCUCUCCAUUCCAACCACCCUCCCAACCAGCCCUCAAACCAACACACCUCUCCUCCCCCUUGCCAGACGACAACGACGACGACUUCUCCCUCACAAUGCCAGGCAUCGAUCCCCUCUCCUUCUUCCUCACCCCCCCAACCCCCUCGGCCCCCUACCCACAGGACGACGACACGGCCAUGCUCGACUUUGACUACUUUGACUACUCGGCUGGCAUCGACGAUUCUUCUUCAGCCGACGUCAGGAGCGUCAGCCCCUCAAGCCUAGCAGGCUUCUCCCGCCCUGACGGCCCGCGCCCCCCUACUCCCCCUCGGGUCUCCUCCCCUGCUGUGAGCACCCCCGAUUUGGAGUUUGACUACGGGAGCUUGGGAGCCAGCCCGGAAGGUGACACGCUCAUGGAGGAAUACUACCGCCAUCGGAUGGGCGGUUAUGGGGGUGUUCCGCUUUUGUUGAAGGACUUUACCAAUGCUGCUGGGGGUAACAAGAAGAGGGGGAAGUUUACCAAGGGGAGUGGGGGGGAAAGGCAUGCGGGGCAUCACCAUGUCUGGAGGGAGCCGAGUCCGGAUGUUUGGAGUAUUGAGGAGGAUCCGAGGGAGGAGGAAACGGGGGUGGUGGAUGUUAAGAAGAAGGGAAAGGGGACUACUAGGGGGGGUGGGAAGGGGAAGAUGGUGAAGAGGGUGAGGUUUGUUUUGCCUGGGGAGGAGGAGGGGGCUUACUGA